GGAAAGACUCAAAUUCGUUUAUGAAAAUUCAGCACCAAUGGCAUCGGAUGAGAACAUCAUUAAUAAUACCCUAAUUUAUGGUACAUCCCUGUCAAGCAUAUCGGCAGCCACCUCCUAUAUGCUAUUAAAUGACUCAUGGCUGAAUGCAUCAUCACCAUACCUAUCAUCAUCGUCGUCAUCGUCAUCGUCAUCCUCCUCCUCUUUAGCCACUUCCAUUGCACCUGCAUUGUCCACCCUAAAUGCGGAGGGCGUGAAUGUCACCUCUGCUGCCAAUUCCGAUGAUGAUUGGUCCCACUUUAAUGAUCUCAUUUUAUCCUGGCAAGGUGUCUGCCUGAUUGCCGUCUUUUGUGUCUUAAUUGUGAUCACCAUUAUUGGUAAUACCUUGGUUAUAAUGGCCGUUAUUACCACCAGACGCCUUAAAACCGUGACAAAUUGUUUUGUUAUGAGCCUGGCGGUUGCCGAUUUCCUAGUGGGCAUAUUUGUAAUGCCACCUGCAGUUGCUGUUCAUUUGAUAGGUUCAUGGAAACUUGGUUGGAUAUUGUGUGAUAUCUGGAUAUCCUUGGACGUCCUACUGUGUACAGCAUCAAUUUUAAGUUUAUGUGCGAUUAGUGUGGAUCGUUACUUAGCUGUCACCCGGCCCUUGACAUAUUCACGCAAACGUCGCUCCAAACGUUUGGCUCUUAUCAUGAUACUCAUUGUAUGGGUGCUGGCUUUGGCCAUUACCUGUCCGCCCAUAUUAGGCUGGUAUGAACCGGGACGCCGUGAUUUAAGUGAAUGCCGUUACAAUCAGAACGAAGGAUAUGUGAUAUUCUCGGCCAUGGGCUCGUUCUUUAUACCCAUGGCGGUGAUGAUUUAUGUCUAUGUCAGGAUAUCAUGUGUGGUGGCAGCACGACAUGAUAAUAUGACCGAUAUUAGUAUACAUAAUAAUAAGAAAUUCAAACGUUACACAUCUGCCGAUGUGGAAAAUGAAUUAGAUCCCGAUAUAUCGGAAUUAGAUUUAAGCUCGGGCCAAAAGAAACAGGCCGCCGCCCGCACCCUCUCCAAUCAAACACUGGCCAAGGAGUUGCAUGAAAUAAUGGCUUCCGAUAAUGAAGUCACCACACAAUGCCAUUCGUUGCUGGCAACGCCAUCCUCGGCAACGGCACCCUCUGCCAACAAAAAUGGUUGUUACGAGCUGACACGGGCCACUUCAUUGCGGCGUACACCCACAGCCGCCUCGAAUAUGACGCUGAUGACCACAACAACGACAACAACGAGUGGUGGUACCAGUACAGCAACAGCAAGUACAAAUAUCGAAAAUCCAUGGACAUUUUCAGCAGCCGCGGCUACAAAUCCCUCAUCCACCGCGCAUUACCAACAACAUUCACAUCCCAACAAGGCAAUGCGUACGCAUAGCGUACGACAUCAGCACUACAUGAGUGCACCGCCAGCCACCCUAUUGGCUGUCACAUCAGAUAUUAUGGCACCGGGUAACAAUGUUGCCACAUCAAUACUACGACAACAAUCCCAACCGAUGUCGGCGGCGGUGGCGACGGGCGUCAAUCGUUCGUCCCAUCACUCGCACGGCCACAACUAUACCAAAUCACUAUCGAAUCGCAUUACUUCGUUGAAAAAGGAGAAUAAGACCACUCAGACGCUUAGCAUUGUUGUGGGCGGCUUUAUUGCUUGUUGGCUGCCAUUCUUUGUCUAUUACCUGAUAACACCAUUCCUGCACGAACAUCAGGUCAGUCGGACACUGGCCAAGGGUUUGACCUGGCUCGGUUGGUGUAACAGUGCCAUCAAUCCGUUCAUCUAUGCAUUCUACUCGGUUGACUUUCGGGCUGCAUUUUGGCGUUUGACCUGCAAGCGGUUCUUUUCGGCUUCCAAUAAACCACAAUUUCCGGGCAACACAAUGUCGAUACGACGAUAGUUAAGAGCACCAUUGUAUGAUUAAGUGUUUUAGGAAU